AUGGAAACUCAGAUGAUGCUUUUCUGCUUACGAAAGCCAAGGCAGGCCACCAACACCCUGAAGCUAACGAUUCUCACCAGAGAGAAGAUGAGUUUUCCUCACAGGUGGAAAGAGUAUGCAGAUUGCAGCGAAGGCCCUAUACCACAAGUUGUUCCUAAAAAUAAAUUGAAUACGCAGUUGACUGAAACUCCUUUAGAAGCUUAUGUGUCUUCUACUCUUUAUGAAGUUGAAGCGGAGAGAGUUGGUGUACCGGUUAAGCGUGGGCUAUAUGAGGUCUGCCGCAGAAGAAUGGAUCAACCCUCUGGUUUUGUAUCUCAUACUUGGAAAUCUUGGCUUAAAGUGGUUAUGCCAGCUUUCCUAUACCUACGCCAGUUCUCAAAAAAAUUCUGGAAUUAA